AUGAUGAUGACGACGAGGGAGGUGCGGGGAAAACGUGGCGAUGGCGUCGGCGGUGCAAGAAAAGUUUGCGCGGCAACAAAUUAUUCGACGGUAGUCCGAGUGUCAGAGUCAUACGUACACUCCUACGGCGGUGUACGGCGAGAGGUGGAAAACCGGUGCGAAAGCGUUGACGAUGGCCUCGGCCCCGGAGCGGCUGUGAAGGGGUUAGGUGGGUGGGUGGGUGGGGCGGCGAGGACGAGACAGAGAGGAGUUAUUAUGGGUCUUAACCGAGCAUAA